AUGAUCCGACAACCCAGUAGUGUGAUUGUGGCCGGCCCGUCGGGCAGCGGCAAGAGCGAGUUGGUGGAACAAUGGCUACGGUACCUCAACGUGUUUCAAGUCAAACCGAAAAAGAUAGUCUAUGCGUACGACCGAUUGCAACCCCGGUUCGACCGUAUGCAAAAGAAGGAUGGGAUUCAGUUUCAUCGCGGGUUACCGGACCCCAGUCAUUUGACCGAAUGGUUUGGUCCUACGCGUGGGGGUGUGUUGGUCUUGGACGAUCUUAUGGAAGAAGGGGGACAGGACAAACGCGUAUUGGAUUUGUUCACUAAAGAUUCCCAUCAUCGCAACAUCACCGUGCUGUAUUUGACGCAAGAUUUAUUCCCCCCUGGCAAAUUCUCCAAGACGAUCAAUCGCAAUGCCCAUUACAUUGUGGCGUUCAAAAACCCACGGGAUCAAACGGGCAUACGAACCAUUUUACUGCAAGCCUUUCCCGAUCGUUGGCGUCAAGUCUUGCGCCUAUUUAAACCCAUCACGUCGCGCCCCUUUGGGUAUUUGAUGUUGGAUGUGCAUCCUGCCUCGCAUGAUCGCUACCGAUUGUGGAGUCAUUUAACGCCCCGAGAAGGCAAGGCGCAAGUCCAUACCCUGCCCGUGGAUGUUCCUGCCGUUUUAAAACGCGCUGCAACGAGAACGCGAACGUCAACGCCGGCAAAAAGAAGGCGGACAACACACUGACUUAUCGGCCCACAUGGACACCCCGACCCUCUCGCCUGCCGGCGUGGGCUCCCGCACGGCACUACCUCCCUCCAUGGAUCUCAGCAGCAUGACGGACAUGGUGACCGAAUUGACCGGACCGAUCGAUCGAGCCCAAUUGGAUCAAGAGAUUGAGGAUUUCAAUCUGACCUACCCGGUCAAUGUGGACGAUGCAGUGAAUAUGUUCAGUCUACCGCCAGUGGCAGGCACCGGCACCGCCCAUCACCACUGCUACUCAAACCCGACGCACCACGUCUACCCGAACACGCCCUACGACCACCGCCAGACGACCCCGACCCGUCACGUCCACCCGAACACGUCCUGUCACCACCGCCACGACCACCACCGCCCCAUCGCGCCCCCUCACCGCUCGCCGCGGCGCAGGUGCAGGGACAAGGACCACCACCUCGACGGUGACGACUCCCAGUGGACGUCCCAGAAUCGCCGCCAAACAACCGCGACGACGUCCCCGGGUGCCCUCUUCUCCCUCGCCCGAUUCUUCCCCUCCUCCGUCGGAGGACGAUGACGAUGAUGACGACGAUGACGGCGAGGAUCGACGGCGGGGAUUAAGGCGACGGCUGGAUUUACUGAAUGAAGAUGCUCAACAACGUGCUCGAGGCAGACGUAUUCGAAAUAUCAUGCAUACCACUACAGUGACCACGGUCUACGAAGAAGGGGGAGGGCGACCUUCUGUGCGCCGCACUUCCACCCGAACGUCCAGCCCAAGUCCG